UUCCUUAAAGUACGUAAAAUAUUUACUGUAAUAUACUAUUAUAAGAAAAGGUGUUUCGUGGGUUUAUAAUCAUCAAUAUAAUUUUUAAAACUACCUUGAAAAAUGCCCAAGUCGAAAAGAGAUAAGAAAAUAUCUCUCACGAAAACAACUAAAAAAGGCCUUGUUCUGAAGCAACAGAUUGUGGAAGAUGUUAGAAAUUGUGUCGAGAAAUAUGCUAGGAUAUUUCUUCUAUCCGUGCGCAAUAUGCGUAAUGACAAACUUAAAGAUAUACGAUCGGAAUGGAAAGACAGCCGGUUCUUCUUUGGCAAAAAUAAGGUGAUUGCGUUGGGUCUAGGCAGAUCACCGGAAACCGAAACAGCAAAUGAUCUUCAUAAAUUAUCGUUAGCGUUGAGAGGACAAUGUGGCCUGUUAUUUACAAACAGAAGUAAAAAGGAAGUUUUGAACUGGAUGGAUGAAUAUGAAGAAAUAGAUUAUGCUAGAUCUGGUUUUAUUGUGCAAGAAACCGUAGUGUUAAGCGAAGGACCAAUGCCAGAAUUUUCACACAGUAUAGAACCUCAUUUAAGACAAUUAGGAAUGCCUACAGUUUUACAGAAAGGUGUGGUAACGUUGAUCAAAGAGUAUACUGUAUGUAAAGCGGGUCAAAUGUUAACUCCAGAACAAGCAAGAAUUUUGAAAUUACUGAAUAAACCAUUGGCUACAUUUAAAUUAAUACCUUUAGGUGUAUUCUCCAAGAAACAUGGAUAUAAACAACUUAUAUCUCAGGAUGAUGUUAAAGAAAAUAUAGAAGAACAAAUGGACAUAACGGAAAUGGAAGAAAUUGAUAAUACAUAAAGCAUUAGUUCUUAUAAAAAUAUAUAUAAAGUUUUAUAAAUA